GAAGGGAGCUGGCCGGGCGGGUUGUGAAGGAGGCGGAGGAGGAGCAGGAGGGCCAGGCUUGCCAACUAGCCUGAGAGGCAUAGCCGAACGAAGGUCCGGGUUUUUUAUUUCCCAAUUUUGAAAGAACAACUUUUUGGGACGACUUGUUGUAGCAGAAGUAGAAGAAGAAGAAGAAGUAGUAAACGAAGGCGCAGCGGCGGAGGUCUUGCAUUGCUCUCUUGUGUGUUCACGUAAAGUCAAAAAUGUUUGGAAGAGUAUUAUUGUGUGUAUGUCUUAGUGGGAACGAGAAAUAAGAAGAUAGACCAAGAGUGUAGUAAAAGAAGUACGUGUUUGUAGUUGUACCAGUAGUGGCAACACACUGGCAUUCACUCCCCCCCCCCUUACACGUUCUCCCUUCUGUGUGGUGAGCAAAGCUUUUGGGAAAAAUCGAUAAACCAAUUUUUCUCGAAAAAGAACACCUUGCUUGAGAGCGAGGUGCAUAGUUUCUUUCGUGUUGGCUGAACAAUCCCUUUGUUGAAUCCUCCUAUCAAAAACUUGAGUUUGAUCUCACCAUGAGUUCUUCUGUGAAUCCGCAACAACAGUACUGUCUCAAAUGGAACAAUCACCAAUCGAACCUCUUGAAGGUCUUUGACCGACUAUUAGGCUCGCAACAGUUCUGUGACGUGCUCGUCGCCGCGGAAGGCAAGACUCUCAGGGCUCACAAGGUUGUCCUUCUGGCCUGCAGCUCGUAUUUCGAAUCAAUAUUUUGCGAGUUCAACGAGAAGAACCAAGUGGUGAUUUUGAAGGACACUCGUUACGAUGAUGUUAAGGCUCUGGUCGAGUUCAUGUAUAAAGGGGAAAUUAAUGUUCCUCAAGAUCAACUGGAAUCCCUUUUGAAGACUGCUGAGAACCUCCAAGUCAAAGGCCUGGCUGAUGCUGAUGGAGAGCAUGAAUUUGAGGACAACAAGACGACGAGAUCAUCGCAGGAUCCUCUUCCAUCUAGAAAUAGCAGAAUGGAACCAAAAGGUCUCUCGGAAUCCUCUUCCGUCGGGAGCAGAACCAUUGAUAUAGGUGGAUCUCCAGUUUUCAAAAGCAGGGACAGCCCUUCUGGAGAGCCUAAGCGAAAACGAGGAAGACCAAGGACUUUGGAUGCUCCAGGAGAAGUGCCAGAUCCAUGUUUCUCAAACAUGAAAGUAACGCCAAUUCAGUCCUUCGGAUUUGGCGCCCACAAUUCCCAAUAUAUCCCAUCCCAAUCACCAUCAUCGAUAGAUUCUUCUUCACGAACUUCGGACAAUGUGCCACACGAUAUCUCGAUCCCAUCCACGAGCAAUGCAGAUCCAUCUGGACCAAACCCGAUGCCAACACCGGGUGGUCCUUUGACUCCGCAACGGAUUGCUGAAUUAAAUAUCGUCAAAAUGCCCGACUAUUUGCUCUCUGGAUCGAGGCAACAGUUUUGGGACGAGCAUUAUGUCAAAGUUAUCAUGCAGGCUGUCAGGAACAAAGAAAUAGACAUGAAGGGGGCGGCUGAGUUACUUGGAGUUUCGUACGGAACCUUGUAUGGACGCUACCGAGAAACUUUUGGCUACUUGAAACACGCCUGGAACAAACCUAACAAGGGACAAAUUGUCCGAAAUCCCUCUCCUAUUCAUUCAGAUAUUUCAGACCAAGAGAAUAUUCUGGAACUCCUUAGGACAGGACGAAUUAGUCUAAAGCAGGCAGCUACUCUUCUCAAGGUUGAUCCAACUUUGCUUGCUUAUCAGCUCACGGCCAAGCUCGGCGAGGAAUCAUAUCAAGGUCAUAUGGAGGAUCACGAGAUUGAACUGGAAUCGGAAGAAGAGGAAUUGGACGAAGCACCUCAUCUGGACGAGGAUAGCUUCAACCAUGAGGAGAGUUUUGUAGAUGGCGAAGAGGCAAUGGAAGUCAAACCUGAUAUACUGCUACAAUCCCGCUACAUUAAGAAUGAGGAGGAAAGGCUCGAGGAGCAGUCCUCACCUCUUUCGCUCAAGAUCAACGUGUUUAAGAGCAAAGGAAAAGAAGUCAAGACAUCGUCCUAAAUAGUACAAUUACACAAUCUACAAAAUCAACUCAAGCUUUUAGACAAUCGCAAGGGUCUCAAUGCCAUCAUCACAUAAGCAAGGUCAAAUAACCUUAGAAGAGUCGGGCUCGCGAUAAGAGAUAACGCAAGUCAAGGCAAGUCUAAAAUAUUUUUGAUCGUAGGAUCAUAGAAACUAAAAUAUUCAAUACAUUCCGAUUGUAAACAUUUCAGAACAUUGACCAUUUUUGAGCCCUUGCAAUUCAUGAUAAAACUGAUUCUGCAUCAACAUACAUGGCAUGUACUAUUUUUCAUUUUACACAAGUUAGUUAGUCUCCUCAAUCUAGUUUUAUUGUCGCUGUUGAUAUUACAUAAAUAUUUUCUAUGAGCAAAUAAAGCUGCUUUCUUGA